AUGUCAAAGAAUAAUGUAAGACUGAUCAGCAAAGGACCAUAUGUUGUACUGGACAAUGGGAUAGUAAAGCUUACCAUAAUGAAGCCACAAGGAUACUUGACUAGUAUCACAUAUGGAGGAAUGGACAAUAUCUUGGACUCCAAGUCAAUUGAUGAGUCCAGCAGGGGAUACUGGGAUGCUAACUGGAGUUGGCCUGGAGGACAGGACAGAUAUCAAUUACUGAAAGGAGCUGAAUAUAGUGUGGUCAAUAGGAGCAAUGACCUAAUAGAGGUUUCAUUCAGGAAUGCAUAUGAUCCACCAACCAAGGGAAGCAAAUUGCCACUUAGUGUGGACAUAAGGUACAUAUUGAGGAGUGGUGUCUCGGGCUUCUACUGCUACGCAAUUUAUGAGCGGCCUUCUGGAUGCCGCGAAUUUGACCUUGCGCAGACAAGGAUGGCGUUUAAGUUGCGAUCGGAGAAGUUCCACUACAUGGCAAUUUCGGAUGAGAAACAAAGGGUCAUGCCAGUGCCACAAGAUUUGCUUCCAGAUAGAGGCAAACAGCUAAUUGUACCUGAAUCAGUUUUGCUAGUAAAUCCCAUUAAUCCAGAUCUCAAAGGCGAGGUUGAUGAUAAAUAUCAGUACUCAAUGGACAACAGAGACGGUGGAGUUCAUGGAUGGAUAAGCUCUAAACCUGUAAUAGGAUUUUGGGUUAUCUUCCCUAGCCAUGAAUUUCAAAAUGGUGGUCCUACAAAGCAAAAUCUCACUGCCCACACUGGGCCAACCUGCCUCGCGAUGCUGCAUGGAACCCAUUAUAUUGGGGAAGAUAUAUUAGCUCAUUUUGGAGAAGGAGAGACAUGGAGGAAGGUUUUUGGACCCUUCUUUGUAUACCUCAACUCAACAGCAGAUGUAUCAGAUGCACACAGCCUAUGGUUAGAUGCAAAAAACCAGAGGCUGUUAGAAGAGGAGGCAUGGCCUUAUGAUUUUGUCUCGUCGCCUUAUUAUCUAAGCGCUAAAGAGCGCGGUUCCGUUUCAGGAAGACUUCUCGUCCAAGACAGGUAUGUUUCUGAUUCUCUAAUCCCUGCGAAAUAUGCGUAUGUUGGCUUAUCAGCAGCAACAAAAGAAGGAGCCUGGCAAACAGAAAGCAAGGGUUAUCAGUUUUGGGUGCAAACUGAUUCAACUGGAAACUUCACUAUCAAGAAUGUCAUUCCUGGCGUUUAUGGCCUUCAUGGCUGGGUUCCUGGUUUCAUUGGCGAUUACCUUGAUAAAGCACACGUUACUAUUUCAUCAGGUUCACACACAGAAGUUGGCAAUCUCACCUAUGCUCCCCCAAGAGAUGGUCCAACUAUGUGGGAUAUCGGGUUCCCUGACCGAACGGCCAAUGGCUACUAUGUUCCAGAUGUGAACCCCAUGUAUGUCAACAAGCUAUUUGUCAACAGCCCUGAAAAGUUCAGACAAUAUGGCUUGUGGGACAGAUACUCUGAUGUUGAUCCUGAAGUUGACCAAGUGUUCACUGUAGGCAUCAGUGAUCCAAAGAAAGACUGGUUCUUUGCCCAUGUCGACAGAAGAGAGAAAGAUAACAAGUAUAUCCCGACAACAUGGACAAUCAAGUGUAAUCUCAAGUCAGUAACCAGAGGGACGUACAAGCUAAGAUUGGCCAUCGCAUCAGCAACGCGUUCCGAUCUUAAGGUUCAUGUCAAUGAUAUGGAUGAAGCACGCAUGGUGUUCCAAGUAAUGAACUUGGGUGCAGAUAACACCGUUUGCCGGCAUGGGAUACACGGACUUUAUCGGCUUUUUAGUAUUGAUAUUUCAUCGUCGUUGUUGGUUAACGGAGAUAACUCCUUAUUUCUCACACAGGCCAGGGGUGGAGAUGCACUUUGUGGAAUCCUCUAUGAUUAUCUAAGGCUUGAAGGUCCUGCAACUUCAGAGGUAUAUGACUGAUGGAAAAGAAUCAUCCCAUGGCUUAAACUGUAGUUUUGGAAUAUUGUAUGACUUUUAUCUUCGUUUGAAAGGAAAACUCGGAUAAACUCAGUAGAUAUCUUUUUCUUUUACAUCUUCAUGGU